GUGAGCAACAAAAUGAACCCCAGUGAGUUGGUGAAGCUGAUUGAGAUUCUGAACCCUUCAAACAAACCUGGAAGGAUCACCAUAAUUACAAGGAUGGGGGCAGAGAGCAUGAGGGUGAAGUUGCCUCAUCUCAUCCGUGCUGUUCGCAAUGCUGGACUAAUUGUCACAUGGAUUACUGAUCCUAUACAUGGAAACACCAUCAAGGCCCCUUGUGGCCUGAAGACUCGUCCAUUUGACUCCAUUCUGGCAAUAAAGAUGACAAAUCUGCAGGUUUGCCAACAUGAGCAGUUUAUACUUGCUUCCCCGCACCCUCCACUUCCUUGUCGUCGUGCUGAUUCCAAAUCAAGGGGUAGUGAUCCGGAAGGAGACUAUGAUUUUUGUAAGUGCGAGGCUCAAGAUCUUAUUCAAGGAAGGUGGCUAUGAUACUUUUGAUCCUCUGUUCCUCAACUUGAUUGCAUCUAUGCAGCACUACAACCAGAUUGAAGCCCAGUCUGCUGCUAGCAUGACACCUAUGUGGACCAUAUGCAAUAUGUGUAUGAUAGGAUGUGUCAUGCGUGAGUUGAUAUAUGUUAACUGAAUUGGCAAAACACUUGAUAUAUGUUAAUAUAUGUUGACCCCAAUGAUUC